UCCCGAGUGUGGCUGCACUUAUUGUCUCGAUUUUAUUUAGGGCUGUAUAGCCACAGGCCCUCAACAAGCAAGCAAGGCUGACUACUGAAGACACGAUGGUUCGUCCCGAGGAGGUUGGCCAUGGGAAGCAUGCACAAGAUGAACAGAUCGAGUCUGUUGAAGCCGCUCCUCUUCAGACAGAGGUCCGUCCGACGGAGCCAGAGGUGGACAAAGCCCUGGAGCUGGUGGUAGAAGCAGGCCGCUCUACUGUCCUGACACCUGAGAACAAUGCUCGUGUGCUUCGGAAGAUUGACAUGCGACUGCUGCCUAUUCUUUUGGGCAUCUACUUCUUACAGCAGCUGGAUAAGUCCACCCUCUCAUAUGCAUCCGUCUUCGGCCUCGUUGAGAAAGCCCAUCUGCAUGGACAAAUGUACUCCUGGCUGGGCGCGGUGGUCUACCUAGUGCAGCUUGUCGCCCAGCCGUUUGUGGCGUAUAUCCUCGUCAAGGUGCCGUUGGGAAAGUUCCUGGCGGUUACAACCUUUCUCUGGGGCGUAUCUUUGACGUGCAUGACCCCGGCAAAUAACUUUGCAGGGCUGUUGGUCUGUCGGAUGUUCUUGGGGUUGUUUGAAGCCGGCGUUCCUCCUGCUUUUAUCGCUAUCACCCAGAUGUGGUAUCGACGUAUCGAACAGCCCGUGCGACUGGGUUCGUGGUAUGCCAUGAAUGGCGUGGUCUACAUGUUUGGGAGCCUCAUCACUUAUGGGCUUGGGCAUAUUCAUUCUUCGGUGUUCGAGCCUUAUCAGAUCAUCUUCUUGUUCUUUGGUCUCCUGACAAUCGUGUUCUCCGUGGUUAUUUUCUACGCGAUGCCCGACUCACCCGUCCAAUCGAAGUUUCUGGGGGAAGAGGACAAGCUAUUGACUAUUGAACGACUCCGCAUGAACCAGCAGGGGCUUGAAACCCAUGUGUGGAAGUGGGAACAUGUCAAGGAGGCUUGCCUUGACCUCAAGUCUUACUUCUGGUUUGCGUUCACCUUUUCAAUCUCAAUUCCUAGCGGCGGUAUCUCGACUUUUGGUCCGUUGAUCAUCGAGGCCUUCGGGUUCAACCAGUUCCAAACGAUUCUGUUCAAUAUCCCAUUCGGUGCGGUCCAGCUCGUCGCAACGAUGGGUGGAGCUUGGCUGGCGACUUUCCUCAAGAUGAAAGGACCCGUGGUUGCGCUGCUAUGCUUGCCUGCUAUUGCGGGCUGCGUUAUGUUGCUGGUCAUUCCACAUGAUGGCCAACACAAUGGAGCGUUACUCGCAGGAUAUUACAUUGUGUCUGUGUACCCCGGAAUCAGUAUGUAUAUCGUCUCAUUGUGCGCGCGAUCAAGUCUGACAAGAAUUGCAGCCCCCCUGAUCUAUUCUUGGUCAGCAGCAAACACAGCCGGUGAGACGAAGAAGAAGAUUGUGAAUGGAAUCGUCCUGGUGGGACAAUGCGCCGGUAACGUUCUUGGCUCGAACUUGUACACCACUACAGACGCGCCAUUGUAUCGACGAGGCUUGCGGUCUAACCUUGCGAUGUUUUGUGUCUUGGUUGUGCUAUGCAUCUUGAAUAUGGCCUACCUCUUUUUCCUCAACAAGAAGCACGAGAGGCAGCGAGUAUCCAUGGGCAAGAGCGCCAAAAUCGUCGAUCACUCGAUGCAAGCUGUUGGGGCUGCUGAGGGCGACAAAUUAGACGAAUCUGUGCAUGUGCAGGCUGGCGUAAUGGAGGACAACGCAUUCAAAGAUCUUACAGACUGGUUGAAUGAGGAUUUUGUGUACGUGUAUUAGCGCUAGUUGUACUCGGGGGCUUGUCGAACGACGUGUGGGGAAGUACGCGUGGACAGUUGUAUGGCUAGUGUUCAAUUGAGGCGGGAAUGUUUUUAUCUAA